GUCUCCAGAAACCAGUGUGGCUUCUACUGGUUCAAUAAAUGAAAAUUUUGAAGAAAUAAGAGAGGAGUUGGCCGGAAGGCUUGAGUUGACUUGCAGGUAAUCAAUCCUCCUCUGUACCUAUCAUUCUCAAUUUUGUUACAACUCGGCACUACCUUCUCUCUCAUAAAACAAAAUUGAGAAAUCACGAUCGCAAUUCGCAAUACCUUUUUUUUUUUUUAUUUUUUUAAAUAAAAAUUCCGUACAGAAAUCGCCCUCUGAUCCUUGGAUUUUCCUUUUAUCUGAUUAAAACUGAAAUCUGGAACUUGGGUCUUUCGUCCUUUUUCUUUUACAUAUAUAGUGAGAUUUUGCUAUCACAUUACUUUUUCCUACUCUAAAACCCUAAUUAUUGGCAAUUCAACGUUUAAACCAGUUUGUGAUUGUUACUGUACGAUUUUUGCGAUCAUCUGUUUGUGUUCUUCGAGUAGUUCAUUGCAGGUGAGCUCGCUAUUGUUGGUUAAUCGUUUCCUAGGCAGUUGGGUAUUCCCAUUUGAUAUUUUCUCAGUACAAGAAGCUCAGUUCGCUGUUUUUAUCAUCUUGAUGCUUUACUUUGAUUUUCUAUUAGUAUAUCAUAUUUGUUAUGAAUUUUAUUGAGAUUUUGCAACAUUGAUUGCGAUAUACAUAUCUGGCUAGCUUGGGCACCCGGUUUGAUAUUGUCAUCAUACCCAAAAAAAAAAAAAAAAAUUUAUAAAGGAACAGAAAUCAUGGUAGUUUACCAAAAUUAGAUACCCAUUUGAUAUUUUCCAUCAUACUUGGAUUCCUUUCUUUGGAUUUCCAUAUCCAUCCUAUUUUGUUCAUUGGGCAACCGUUCUCAUCUACUCUGCUUUGGAAUCUGGUUGAAAACCUUUGUUUCUAGAUCUAUGUUAAGAUUUUUUGACCUUGGGCGACAAUGUCAAUCAUCUGUGGCCUCCCUCUACUCGAGUGUGUUUACUGUCUGGCAUGUGCCCGCUGGGCAUGGAAAAGGUGUCUACACACUGCAGGCCAUGACAGUGAGACGUGGGGUCUUGCUACGGCUGAAGAAUUCGAGCCUGUCCCUCGGCUUUGCCGGUACAUACUGGCCGUGUAUGAAGAUGAUCUUAAGCACCCCCUCUGGGAACCUCCUGGAGGGUAUGGAAUUAAGCACGAUUGUUUAAUUUUGAAAAAGACUUACGAGGAUACCCAGGGUCGAGCCCCUCCAUAUAUAUUAUAUCUAGAUCAUGAGCAUGCCGAUAUAGUUCUUGCUAUUAGAGGCCUUAAUUUAGCAAAGGAGAGUGAUUAUGCAGUUUUACUAGAUAAUAAGCUGGGUCAAAGGAAGUUCGAUGGUGGGUAUGUUCACAAUGGGCUGUUGAAGGCAGCCGGGUUGGUUUUGGAUGCAGAGUGCGACAUUUUGAAGGAUCUGGUGGAGAAAUAUCCAAAUUAUACCCUGACUUUUACGGGGCAUUCCCUUGGGUCAGGUGUGGCAGCAUUAUUGACAAUGGUGGUGGUGCAGAAUCGUGAUAGAUUGGGGAAUAUUGAGAGGAAGAAGGUCAGGUGCUAUGCUAUAGCACCUGCCAGAUGCAUGUCACUAAAUUUGGCUGUGAGAUAUGCAGAUGUUAUCAAUUCGGUUGUUCUUCAGGAUGACUUCUUGCCCCGAACAGCCACCCCCUUGGAAGACAUUUUCAAGUCGCUUUUCUGUUUGCCAUGCAUACUAUGCCUGAGGUGCAUGAGAGACACGUGUAUACCAGAUGAGAAGAUGCUCAAAGAUCCAAGGAGGCUGUAUGCACCCGGUCGUCUCUAUCACAUUGUUGAGAGAAAGCCAUUCAGGUGUGGAAGGUUUCCCCCAGUUGUGAGGACCGCAGUGCCUGUGGAUGGGAGAUUUGAGCACAUAGUUCUCUCUUGUAAUGCAACUUCUGACCACGCCAUCAUUUGGAUAGAGAGAGAAGCCCAUAGGGCUUUGGAUUUAAUGCUAGAGAAAGAUCAUAGCAUGGAGAUUCCGGCAAAGCAGAAGAUGGAGCGGCAGGAGACUUUAGCCAGAGAACACAGUGAGGAGUACAAGGCUGCACUACAGAGGGCUGUUACAUUGGCUGUGCCCCAUGCGUAUUCACCGUCUCAAUAUGGAACCUUCGACGAGCAUGAGGAAGGGGAGAAUUCAGUCAAAUCAAGUUCCGCCGGAUCAUUGAAGAAAAGCCCAAAGAGAGAGAGCUGGGACGAAUUGAUAGAACGGCUUUUUGACAAGGAUGAGUCGGGUCACAUGGUCCUCAAGAAAUCACAUACUGCUGAUUGAUGUUGUAAUCCAAGGAUAGCUGUGUAAAUGAAUAUAUUUGUGGUGAAUAUUCAUCCAUUCAUUCAUUUGUAAAAAAAUUGUGUUUCUUUUGUUUGAUGGUAAUAGCCUUAGGAGGGCAUGGAUGAAAUUGGUUUUUAGAUUCCUUAACAGUGUAGCAGAAUUUAAAAAAGACGGGGUGGAGAGGCAAAUAUUAUGUUGUUAUGGUUGAAA